CGCGUCUGCGUGGAGACCUGGCAGGCGAUGCUCUCACCUCACUCGCGGAGAAAAAAAGCUGAGCACGGCGACUGCUUAAUGCUCUGCAGGCUUCUCCUUUCGCUGCCUGCCACAUGCACCCGGAGGGAGAGGAGCAGUGAAUACUGAGGACACCCCCAAAGGAAAGGAGGCACGGAGCCGGCUGGGAACUUGUGAUGGCUUCAAGUUGGCAGAAAACUCAGGAAUUCUACAACUGGAUCAUUGAAAAUGGAGAUCCAAGGACAGACUCGUGGCCCUUGGUGCACUCUCCACUUCCAGUCACACUUCUCUUUGCCUUCUACCUCUUCGUGGUGGCACUGGGACCCUCCUACAUGAGGAAGAGGAAACCGCUGCAGCUUCGAGGGCUGCUGCUCACCUACAAUCUUGCCAUGAUGACCUUAUCCAGCUACAUGUUCUAUGAGUUUCUGGUUACUUCAGUCUUGGAUGACUACAGCUACCUGUGUCAGCCAGUGGAUUACAGCCAAAGUGAACUAGCAAUAAGGAUGGCAAGAGUGUGUUGGUGGUUCUUCUUCUCCAAAGUCAUCGAGCUGCUUGACACGGUUUUCUUUAUCCUGCGGAAGAAACAAGAACAGGUGACUUUUCUGCAUGUGUACCAUCAUGGCACUAUGCUGUUCAACUGGUGGUCAGGGGUCAAAUAUGUGCCUGGAGGACAAGCCUUCUUUAUUGGGAUGCUAAAUUCGUUUGUACACAUCUUCAUGUAUGGUUAUUAUGCCCUGGCCAGCCUGGGACCACAAAUGCACCGUUACCUGUGGUGGAAGCGCUACUUAACCAUCCUGCAGCUGUGCCAGUUUGUAGCCAUUGCUGCUCAUUCUUCCUACAACCUCUUCACAGAAUGCCCCUUCCCUGAUGGCUUCAACACUGCAGUCUUCCUGUACAUUCUCAGCCUCAUUGCCCUCUUUCUACACUUCUACUAUCGGACCUACAUUAGGGGCAAGCAGGAGAAGCUAACUUAAAGAAAACCAAAGAGGAGAGUGAGCACU